AUGUCGGAAAAACCAGAAAACAUAAAGAAAGGUGACGCUGAGACAAACAGAGAACAAGACGAACAGCAAAACGAACACCAGGACCUACAGGCAGAGGUGUCCCGGCUGAAAGAAGAACUCCGGGGACUGCAGGAAAACACAAUAAUUGAGUCAAUGAACGAUCUAAAAAAGGCACACGACAAUCUGUCGAAAAGCGCGACGUGUAUGUGCAUUGCCCGACAGCUCUGUAACAGGAAUUAUGCGUAUCAAAGAACGAUUGUUGCAUUGGGAGUGAACUCGUGGUCCCUUUAUGAGUCGUUUGAGGAUAUUCUGGAAAUACUACGCAAAAACCGGGGUGAGGUUCUUUAUGAGGGAUGGAAUCGACUCCGUGAAAAAGCGGAACAUCACGACCAUUGUCUCAAACAGAUGUAUGAUCUUUGCGAGGAAAGCAACAUCGACAUCGCGGAUAUUGAGGACGGAACCAAGCCAUUAGUCGGGCUGUAUCAACGAGGUAAACAAUAG